AUGGCUAAAGACUACGUUUCCUCCUCUGUUCUGAUUCUUCUUCUUAUUCUCUUCUAUAGUCAGCGUACUGAGUCUGCCUCCAUCGUCAAGUUUCUUCCUGGUUUUGAUGGUCAUCUUCCCUUUGAGCUCGAAACCGGGUAUAUUGGUGUCGGUGAGGAAGAGGAACUGCAACUGUUUUACUAUUUCAUCAAGUCUGAGAGGAAUCCAAAAGAAGAUCCUCUUCUUCUCUGGUUAACAGGAGGACCUGGCUGCUCUUCUAUCUCUGCUCUUCUUUAUGAGAAUGGGCCUGUGACUGUGAAGCAUGAGGUUUACAAUGGAUCUCUUCCUUCCUUGGUCUCUACUACACAUUCAUGGACUAAGGUUUCGAGUAUAAUAUAUUUGGAUCAGCCUGUUGGAACUGGCUUCUCCUACUCAAAAACUCAACUUGUUGAUAAACCUAGUGAUUCAGGAGAAACCAAGAGGAUCCAUGAGUUUCUUCACAAGUGGCUAGGUAAGCAUCAACAGUUUUCCUCCAACUAUUUCUAUGUCGGUGGAGAUUCUUAUUCCGGUAUGGUCAUCCCAGCACUCGUUCAAGAAAUCUCAAAAGGAAUUUAUCUAUGUAGCAAACCUCCAAUAAAUCUUCAGGGCUAUGUUCUUGGAAACCCAUCCACCGAAAACGCAUUUGAUAGAAACCAUCGCAUUCCAUAUGCUCAUGGAAUGGCACUGAUCUCAGAUGAACUCUAUGAGUCAAUGAAGAGAAUCUGCAAAGGAGAAUAUAUAAAUGUUGAUCCACGUAACACAUGCUUAAGACUCAUGGAAAAAUAUGAAAAGUGCAUUCUUACAAUAAACAAAUCAUUUAUAACAACACCAGAGUGUGAAGAGACAUCUCCUGAUUGCUAUGUAAGUAAUCUAUCUCGCCCUCUUAUUAACCAUUGA